AUACUAUGCAUUAACGAACCCGGCUGUGAUAAGUCAGGCGUUUAAUCUGCGUUUGAAUGUUGAUUGUUACCGAUUGACAGCUGUACCGGGUAUGACAGACAUGUAUUCAAGUUUUGCGUAUUUGUUCGUAUAAAUGUAAUUUUCUUAUGUCGGUUGAUCGCGAAUUAAUCGGAAUAUAAGCGUUUGAUAAGUAUAUUUCCAAACGAAGAUGGGUCAACACGUUUCGAGAACCGAUUUUGAAUGGGUGUAUACGGAAGAACCACAUGCAACACGGCGUACAAUAAUUUUAGAGAAAUAUCCGCAAAUAAAGAAACUAUUUGGAUAUGAUCCAAUGUUCAAAUGGACAGUCACAGGAAUGGUUCUAAUUCAAUUAAUAUCCAUAUAUUUUGUAAAAGAUUUAAACUAUCCAAUGGUGUUCCUUCUAGCAUAUUGUUUUGGAGGAGUAAUUAAUCAUUCUCUUAUGUUAGCAAUACAUGAAAUAGCACAUAAUCUUGCUUUUGGACAUGCCAGACCUCUGGCCAAUAGAUUAUUUGGCUAUUUUGCCAAUUUGCCCAUAGGUAUACCAGUAUCUUGUAGUUUUAAAAAAUAUCACCUUCUACAUCAUCGUUAUCAAGGAGAUGAAGUACUAGAUACUGAUUUACCAACACUAUUGGAAGCUAAAUUAUUCUGCACAACAUUUGGAAAGUUUUGUUGGAUAUGUCUACAACCAUUUUUUUACGCGUUUAGACCUUUUUUCGUUUAUCCGCUAUCACCUACAUUAAUAGAAUUUAUAAAUUUAGUGAUACAACUCACGUUUGAUGGAUUGUUAUGGUAUUUUUUUGGUGGAAAAGUCUUAGUCUAUUUACUUUUUGGAUCAGUAAUGGCAAUGGGUUUACAUCCUGUAGCUGGUCACUUUAUAUCAGAACAUUACAUGUAUAAAAAAGGUUUUGAAACAUACAGUUAUUAUGGUCCAUUAAAUUGGAUUACAUUUAAUGUUGGAUAUCAUAAUGAACAUCAUGAUUUCCCUGCUGUUCCUGGUUCAAGAUUACCAGAGGUAAAACGAAUAGCCUCCGAAUUUUACGAUAAUUUACCGCAGCAUAAUUCUUGGACCUCUGUUUUAUACGAUUUUGUUAUGGAUCCUGAAAUAGGUCCAUAUGCAAGAAUGAAAAGAAAACGUAAAGGACUAUGUUCAUAAAACUUAGAAAAUUUCAUAUUUUAUAUAAAUAAUUUAACAAUUAGUAUCUGAAACUUAAAAUUAUUUGCAUGUAUAAGAUAUUGAGUAUUAGUACUCAUUUAUUGCACUAUAUUCGUUAUCAAUUGGAAAACCAUGUUUAUUGUCUAAUAGACAUAGCCUCAUACUGACCAGAUACAACUUAUUUAAGAAAUUAUAAAUGCAAACGCUAUCGAAGUAUUAAUGUAUUUCUUUUUUGUAUUUCUGUAUUACGUCUGAAUAGAGUAAUUUUUACAAUAAUGUACUUCCAAAUGAAAAAUUUAUAAAAUUGCAUUGUACCUGUUAUAUUGCUAAAAUAGUCAAAGUACGAGUGGAAGAUGCUAAACUACCAAAAACUUUUCUAUUUUAUGAUGCCUGUAAAUAAGUUAUGAAUAAAGGAAACUAUGUAGCUAACUAUAA